AUGGACCGCCAGCAGUACAUCGAUGAAGCCAUGAAACAUCUCAAUAAUCGAUCUCACUAUGCACUCCUUGAUUCUGACCCCACUUGUAAUUUCUCCCUACAGAUCCAAUCGACACUGAAUGACAUGAAAGACAACAAGCAUCUCUCCGAGAAGGCCCACAAAUAUCUCUCCCCUACUAAUGCUAAACCUGCCCGCUUCUAUCUCCUCCCCAAGAUCCACAAACCUGUCAACCCUGGUCGACCCAUCCUCUCAGACUUUCUCAGGAAACUCAAUGACAUCAAAGACCAGAUACCGGAGACUGCAAUCAUCGGCACUUUGGAUGUUUCUUCACUGUACACCAAUAUUCCCCACGAUGAAGGUAUCAAAGCAUCAUGUGAAGCCUUGGCCGCCAGCGGCCAUUCCAGUCCCCCCCAUUUCCGAUAUCAAAUCUCUGAUGUCUCAUGUACUAACAAAAAACAACUUCACUUUCAUGGACCAGCACUACCUACAGAUAUUCGGCACAGCAAUGGGUACUCGGAUGGCUCCUUCAUUCGCCUGUCUCUUCAUGACCAAGCUGGAACAGCAGAUGUUAGAUUCAGCCCCUGUCGCCCUUGGAUUUGGUGGCGUUACAUCGACGACAUUUUCUUCAUCUGGACCAGGGAGGAAGAUAGCCUCCACACAUUAAUUGACCACAUCAAUUCCUUCCUCAGGACCACCAAAUUCACUUCUGAUUUCUCCCAACAGGAAAACCACUUCCUUGAUGUAACAGUCCAGAAAAAGCCUAACGGUAUCACCACCACCCUGUACACUAAACCCACAGAUACCCACCAGUACCUCCACUCAUCCAGCUGCCACCCUCGUCACUGCAAAACCGGCAUCGCUUACAGUCAAGCCCUCAGACCUUGCUGCAUCUGCUCCGAGGACCCUGAUUUCUCCUUCCAUACCAGGAAUUUACAGAAACAUCUCUGUGCCAGGGGCCACGGGGCCAGGUCAGUUCAGCUGGCAAUCAACAAAGUUCGUUCUCUCCCCAGAUCUGAAGUUCUCAAACCUAAAAGUGACAAGAAGACUACCGACAGAAUAUCGCUUGUGACCACCUUCCAUCCCAAUCUACCCCCUCUCCGCAAAAUCCUGUGUGAUAACCACCACAUUUUACACACUUCUGAUCGUCUCCAACAGGCCGUUCCCGAUACAUCUUCUAGCAUACCGACGCCCACCGAAUCUCAGGGACCUCAUUGUUCGUGCUGA